UGCAAUUUUGUUUUUUGUCAAAUUGAAACUGGCUCGUCCAAUGAGUGCUCUGGUUCAGGCUGCAUUGUUCGCUGCUGGCGCCGUAGUGGGUGGAGGCGUUACAGCCGCUGUAUUUACCAAAAGACAGGCUCAACGCCCAGUCAUUGCUCCGACGGUAGAUGGAACUAUCGUUCCUCCUGCUGUCGCUACUGUUUCUCCUCCUGUAAUCGGCUUGGGAGCAAAUCGAAACGCGCAAAUAAGCAGCUUGGCUAGUGCCACCUCAUUAUCUUCAUCUGCUGUACUAAAAUAUGGGAAUCCAGGUCCAAUUGCCCAUCCUAUAGUAAGGCAUGCCUAUGUUGCAGCUUACGAUCGCAGACUUAGGCAUCCCGCUUGGACCGCAGAGCAUCUGACAUUGGCUUCUUUGGGUAAAUCACCCUUGGUUGCGCCUCCGGAUGCAACUGGAGAUAGGUGAAAGAGUACAUUCAUAGAAGACGACACUAUCCCAGUCCCAUUUUGAGCUCGGUUGACAGAUUUCCUGAGAAGUGGGUAUGACCGUGGACAUAUGGUUCCUGG